ACAUUCCUGAAAAGCAUUCACUACCAUUUUGGUAUAACUUCUGGCUCCGCCAUCCAUGGCCAACAUCCAGUAAAUUCGACAUAAAAUAGGUAUAAUUAUAUAAAAAAAAUAUACGAAAAUAGGUAUAAAACAUAUAAAUGCACCCAUUGAAACAAAAGUUGAUUGGAUGUAUUUAAGUUGAGCUUAAGCUUCUUCAAUAAAGAGACGUCUGGAUUCGAAAGAUGAUUUUUUUUUUAAAAAAAAAAAUUUAAUUUUUUAAGCAUCCACAACCUUAAAAUCCUAAGUCCGUCAUGUGCCGAGCUUGCACUGAGUAUUUUCUGUCAGCCAAACUGAAACUCAUAAUAUGAACUAAAUUUCAAGAAACAAUAACCACCUUUACCAAAUUCAAUGUUCAAAACCAAAACACCAAAGUUUUUUGCUUCCAAAUAUGCAACACUUUGUUGUUAUUCUUCAGCUCCUUCAAUAGCUGAAGCCACAACUCAUCAAGAACUGCUUGAACAAACACAAUUUUCUCAUUAUUUUGAUCCAAGAUUCUAUCUUUCUCAACUUAUUAAGUGUAAAAAUCUUUAUCAAGUAAAACAAGUUCAUGCUCAAGUAACAACUAAUGGGUUUCUUGAAAAUAAUCAAAUUGUUGCUAACAAACUUUUAUACAUAUAUUGUUUGCAUAAGUCUUUAGGUGAUGCUUGUUCCUUGUUUUGUGGGUAUAGUGAGAAAAAUGUUAUUUCUUGGAGUGUUAUGAUUGGUGGAUAUGCUAAAGUUGGUGACUUUAUGAAUAGUUUAAGGACUUUUAGGGAGUGUUUAAGAUAUGGGGUUAGACCAGAUAGCUAUAAUUUGCCUUUUGUGAUAAGGGUUUGUAGAGAUACAAUGGAUGUGAAAAUGGGUAGAUUGAUUCAUAGUGUUGUUUAUAAAAAUGGGUUGAUGUUAGAUGAUUUUGUUGUUGCAGCACUUGUGGAUAUGUAUUCGAAAUGUAAGGUAAUUUGGGAUGCAAAGGAGUUGUUCGAUGGAAUGCCUAAGAGGGAUGUUGUGGCGUGGACGGUUAUGAUUGGGGCGUGUACGGAGAGUGGGGAUCCGAACGAGGCGUUGGUUUUGUUUGAUCGAAUGUUAGAGGAAGGAGUUGUACCCGAUAAAGUUGUUGUGGUGAAUGUAGUGAAUGCUUGUGCAAAGAUAGGGGCAAUGCGUACGGCGAAGGUUGUACAUGAAUAUAUAAUGAGGAGUGAGUUUUCGUUGGAUGUUAUCUUGGGGACGGCAAUGGUUGACAUGUAUGCUAAAUGUGGAUCGGUUGAUGUUGCGAGGGAAGUUUUUGAUGGUUUGAGAGAAAAGAAUGUUAUAACAUGGAGUGCGAUGAUAGCAGCUUAUGGUUAUCAUGGCCAAGGACACAAAGCGGUUGAUAUGUUCUCUAUGAUGUUAAGGAGGGGGAUAUUGCCUAACAAGAUCACGUUUGUUUCUCUUUUAUAUGCUUGUAGUCAUAGCGGUCUGGUUGAAGAAGGCAAACGACUUUUCAGUUCUAUGGAGAAAGAGUACGAAGUGAAGCCUGAUAUCAAACAUUUUACUUGUAUGGUCGACCUCUUAGGCCGCGCUGGGAAGAUUGACGAGUCAUUAAAGUUAAUAGAGGAUAUCGCUGUUGAAAAAGAUGAAGGACUUUGGGGGGCGUUACUUGGAGCAUGUAGGAUUCACGGCCAUGUUGAAUUCGCAGAAAGGGCAGCGAAAUCUUUGAUUGAAUUGCAACCCGAGAAUCCAGGACACUACAUCUUGCUUUCAAAUAUAUAUGCUAAAGCAGGUAAAUGGAAGGACGUGGCCAAGAUUAGGGAACUAAUGAGCCAUCAGAAAUUGAAGAAAAUCCCCGGUUGGACGUGGAUUGAAGAUGAUAAUAAGAUUCACCGGUUUAGCGUUGGUGACCACACCCAUCCUCGAUCGAUGGAGAUCUAUGAGAAGUUGAAAUAUCUGCUCAAGGAAUUAGAGAUUGCUGGUUAUGUUCCUGACACAAACUUUGUGUUACAUGAUGUUGAUGAGGAACUUAAGCUUGGAAACCUAUUCUCUCAUAGUGAAAAGUUAGCUAUCGCGUUCGGCCUCAUAAGCACACCUGAACAAUCCACUAUUAGAAUUAUGAAGAACCUUAGAGUAUGUGGUGACUGCCAUACAUUCUGUAAGUUUGUUUCUCAGGUUACAAGUAGGAUGAUCGUUGUCCGUGAUGCAAAUCGGUUUCACCACUUCAGAGAAGGUGCCUGUUCUUGUGGAGAUUACUGGUAAUUGGCUUUGUUCCUGGGGUUAUGUUGUAAUGUCCCGGGGUGUGCGUGUGUCGAAUAGCGCAUUUUUUAGAGGAUCCAACACGAGUACUGCAACAAUACUUUUGGAGAGUCCGAUCAACAUAGGAUGAGAGUGGUAUAAAUUGUUACUCCUGUUUUUUUCAGUCCUGUCACUGUGAAAUCGAAACUCAAUGUCUAAAUUCUGGAUCCGCCACUGCCUAUAGACCGGUUUUUAACAGUUAAAACCUCAUGGAAUUAUUGUACAAGAAGCUAAGGAAUAUUUUUACUUUUUGAUACACCAAGUGAAAGCUGCAAAAGCUAACACUAAUUACUAGUAUUUCCCUACAUACAUUGUGCCUUCUUGUUGUAACCAAGUUUUUGUGUCCACUACAUGAAUAAGACUGUAAGAGUAACAUCUUUUCAUUUCAAA